AAGACUAAGACUUCAUCAAUCGUUCCUAAUAUCGCAUCCCAGCGAUGGCCGAAACGCAAGACUACCUCCAACUUUUCCUCCUCUGCCUACUCUCCACCAUCGCGGUGGGAACCAUCAUAUCGAAAACGCUGCGAAAACGACGUCGUCCACCGGGGCCACAGUCCCUCCCAAUCAUAGGUCACCUGCACCUGAUCUCCGCCCUGCCACACCAGUCCUUCCACGCGCUCGCCACGCGCUACGGCCCCCUCAUGCAGCUCUUUCUGGGGUCGGUCCCGUGCGUCGUCGUUUCGUCCCCGGAAGUGGCGAAAGAGUUCCUGAAGACGCACGAGGCCCGGUUCUCGAACCGGUUCGUGAGCGCCGCGGUGCACCAGUUGUCGUACGGCUCCAAGGGGUUCCUCUUCGCGCCCUACGGAACCUUCUGGAGGUUCGCCAAGAGAAUUUGCAUGUCGCAGCUUCUCGGUGCUCGAACCCUCGGCCAGUUGCGCCACGUUAGGGAACAAGAGACUCUCAGGUUUUUGCGCGUGAUGAAAGCAAAAGGGGAGGCAAGAGAGGCCGUUGACGUUGGAGGGGAACUAUUGACUUUGACCAACAACGUUAUAACGAGGAUGGUUUUGGGUCGAACGUGUUGCGAGAGCGAUGCUGACGUGGAGGGUGUGAGGAAGAUGGUGGAGGACACUGCUGAGCUGGCAGGGUUGUUUAACGUGGCGGAUUUUGUUUGGUUUUGCAAGGGUUUGGAUUUGCAUGGGAUGAAUAAGAGGGUUGGGGAAAUUAUGAAUAGGUUUGAUGGCAUUAUGGAGAGGGUGAUAAGGGAGCACGAGGAGGAAAGGAAGAGAAAGAAGGAAGAAGGAGUAGAAGGUGAGAAGAUCGGGGAUUUGCUUGAUAUUUUGUUAGACAUUCAUGAAGAUGAGAGCAACGAGAUGAAAUUCACUAGAGACAAUGUCAAGGCUUUCAUCAUGGACAUAUUUAUGGCGGGAACCGACACAUCAGCAAUAACCAUGGAGUGGGCAAUAUCCGAGUUAAUCAACAACCCGCAGGUGAUGGAGAAAGCAAGACAAGAGAUCGAUUCAGCAACAGAAAACAACAGUCGAUUAAUACAAGAAUCAGAUCUUGGCAACCUUCCAUACCUGCGAGCCAUAGUGAAAGAGACCCUAAGGAUCCACCCCACAUCACCAUUCAUAGGAAGAGAAUCAUCCGAAAACUCCAACGUUUGCGGGUACGACAUUCCAGCAAAGACCGUGUUGUUCGUUAACCUGUGGUCCAUGGGAAGGGACCCUAAGCAGUGGGAGAGUCCACUUGAGUUCAGGCCAGAGAGGUUUAUGAUGGAUGAUGAUGAUGAUGAUGAGUUUGAUGUGAGGGGACAUAAUAUGCAACUAAUGCCGUUUGGGACAGGGAGAAGAGUGUGCCCUGGUGCUUCACUUGCACUUCAGGUUGUGCCCACAAACCUUGCUGCUAUGAUUCAAUGCUUUGAAUGGAAGGUCAAUGGGAGGGUUAGCAUGGAAGAGAAACCAGGCAUGACUAUUCCUAAGGCUCAUCCUUUGCUUUGUGUCCCCGUGCCUCGCUUCUCGCUCCCCUUCUAGGGUUUAAGGAUUCAUAAUUACGGGCUUAAAUAUAAUUUUUUUUUUGUAUGUAGUAUUUUAAUUUGUUAAGUAGUCUUUAUACGAUAUCUGCUUUAUUAUUAUAUUUUUUUUAUUUUGAUGUUUGUUAUUUUAUUUUAGUUCUUUUUAAUAUGUUAUUAUGAAGUUGGCUGUUAGUUUCUA